AUGUGGUUGGUGAUCUUUCCGGAAGGAACUCGCUACAAUCCUGAGUUAGUCAACAUUAUAGAAGGCAGCAAACGGUUUGCAGAGAAUCAAGGGCUGCAACCCCUUGAGUGUGUCUUGUUUCCCAGAAUGGGUGCCCUAGAGGUCUGUGUGCAGCAGCUGAGGGAGAGCAUCCAGUGUAUCUAUGAUGUGACUAUAGCCUAUGAGUCUGCAUUUCAUUUCAAGGGAAAACAGCGCCUUCCAGCUCCUAGCAUGCAGGACUUUCUCAUGGGCUGGUGCCCAAGAGUGCACAUUCAUAUUGCCAGGAUACCUAUGACAGAUGUGCCCUCUGACCCCGAGCAGCUCAAGCUAUGGCUGUACUCAAGGUUUCAGGUCAAGGACAGGCUGUUACAAGAGUUCUACUCUGCUACAAGACAAGAGGAAGCCAGGUUUCCAGGCAUGCAUGUGGUCAGACCCCUGGCACUCUCAGUGCUGCUGCCUUCUGUGUUGUUGUGGAGUGGAACAGUCGCCCUGUGCAACAGCUCUGCCUUGUACCGAAACAUUUACUGGAAAGUGGGUCUGGGUGCAGCCGUGGCGGGACUGGUAUGGUCGGGGCUACGUUACUGA